AUGUUUCAGCCACCAUUUUAUCCUCAUCAACAAACUUUUCCUAAUAGACGUGGUGCAACAAAUCAUUUUGGACCAUCUCGUUCAGGUUUUUAUCGUCUAAAUGAUCCCGUACUCAAUCAAAGUACACAUAAUUUUAAUUUUACGCGUGAUUUUGAACGUUUUCCAAUGCCACAUCAUGGUUUUACUUCAAUACCAACAGAUAGUUAUCCUGCUUAUGAUAUUAAUAAUCAACACUUUGAACAACAACGAUGGAGACAUAAUAUGACUCGUCCUCAACAACAACAGCAACAGCAUCGUCGAACACCAGCUUUUCAUUUUCGAGAUAGAUCAACAUCUUAUUUUAUGACUGAUCCAAUAAUAACAAAUGAUGAUCGGAUAACUAUUCAAUUAACAAAAGUUCGCAUUGGACCAAAUGGUGAUCAACAACGUGUAUUUGUCGAACAAGAAUUUAGUAACGAAAAGGAAUUGAACAGAUUUGUUCGAAAUUUAAGACAUAAUUUUGAAAAAACAUUUAAUAAUCGUUCAUCGGAUCAGAAUAGUACUAAUACAGAUGAAAGUAACUGUACAGAUAGCAAAAAUCCUGGUGUUGUUGUUAUUGAAGAACCUGAUGAAGAACCUAAAAUUUAUCAACAACAAGUUUAUAAUGCAAAUAUUGAAAUAAAAAGAGCUACAGCAUCUAUAAUUACUCCACCAAUGUCACCACCAAUGGAACCUGCACCUCAACCAACACUUGAAGAUCAUUCUCAACAAUCAAAUCGUGAACGUCGUCGUACAAAAUAUACGUCACCAUCAAUUUCUCAAUUAUCAUCAACAUCAACAACACAUUCACACCGACGUCAUAAAAAUAAAAUGAAAUAUCGUCGACAACACAUCGACAAUCGAGAGGAACCAAAAUUAUCACAUCCAUUUCCCAUGCCAAGUUUUUCACGUCAAUUUCAAUCCACACCAACACCACCACGUUUUCAACAAGGAUUUUUUUCUAGAGAUAAUGAUCCUCGGAUGAAAAAUCCUUUUACUACACCAACAAAUUCAAAUUUUCAAUGGAGAUUCAAUCCACCAGGUUUUCCAAGAACUCGUUCACGGUCAUAUGUACCACCCAUGAGUAAUCAUUUUUCACAUCCACAUCCACAUCCACCUCCAACACCAUCACGUUUUCAAAAUCCAAUGGAUCCAUUUUUUCAGUCAAUGCAUCCAUCGAAAUUUGCUCAUGUUCGUCAUAAAGAUUUUAAUCUACCACGAUCACCUUCAAAAGUUCAUCAUACACAACGUCGAAAAUCAAAUCAACCAACAACAAUAACAGAAAAUCAUGUUUAUCCAACUAAUGAACAACAACAACCACGUGUUCAACGUGCUAGAUCCGAAUGUCGAAAUUUUCAAAAUCAACGACAGCAACGUCAUAGAAGUCGAAGUUCAACAAAUCAUUUUCAAAAAUUUUCUCCAUUGCAACAACCACCUAUUAUUCAAAGACAUUUUACACCAUUUCGUUCACCACCUGUUAUUUUAUCAUCAGUUAAUACAACAACAACACCACUUUUUUAUCCAAAUCAAAGAAGACAAUUUGGACAUAUGCAAACACAAAUACGUUUAAUAAAUCCUUUUCAUUUAAGUACAAAUCGUUUUUAG